AUGUAUAAAGUUACAGAGAAUGAAAUGUGGGAAGUAGUACCGACAGAAGAAGAUAAUGGCAUUCUUGAUAGUGAUGGGGAAGACAGAGUAACACCAGUAAAGAAAAGAAAAAUAAAUGAUGAAGAGUUAGACAAAGAAGAGGUCAAAGCUGUUGAAGCUAAUUAUGAAGAAACAUUAGAGAAAGUAUUAGGUAGCAAAGACAGACGAUUCUCUUCACUAACAGGUCUAGUAUCAUACAAAACUCUACGAGCUGUCAAUGAAAUGGGAUUUACAGAAAUGAUGGAAAUACAAUUUAAAGACUUACUUGGAGCAGCUAAAACUGGAAGUGGAAAGACAUUAGCAUUUUUAAUACCAGCUGUCGAAUUAUUAUAAUUAAAUUUUAUGCCACGCAAUGGUACUGGUGUAAUAAUUAUCUCUCCAACGAGGGAGCUGUCCCUUCAGACCUAUGGUGUUACAACAGAAUUACUGCAGUAUCAUCAUCACUCUCAUGGGAUAAUUAUGGGCGGAGCUAAUAGAAGAGUUGAGGUAGAAAAGUUAGAGAAAGGGGUUAAUUUACUUGUAGCAACACCUGGACGACUGUUAGAUCACUUACAGAAUACAAAAGGGUUUAUAUAUAAAAAUCUACAAUGUCUUAUCAUUGAUGAAGCUGAUCGGAUUCUAGAAAUUGGAUUUGAGGAAGAAAUGAAACAAAUUAUCAAGAUAUUACCCAAAAAGCGACAAACUGUUUUAUUCUCAGCUACACAAACUAAAAAUGUCAAUGAUUUAGCUCGUAUCUCAUUAAAGAAAGCACCUCUAUAUGUUGGCGUUGAUGACGACAAAAUUACAUCUACUGUAGAGGGACUAGAACAGGGCUACGUUGUAUGUUCAUCUGAAAAAAGAUUUCUCUUAUUGUUCACAUUUUUAAAGAAGAAUAUCUCAAAGAAAGUGAUGGUCUUCCUUUCCUCUUGUAAUUCAGUUAAAUUUCACUCAGAACUUCUAAAUUAUGUCGACAUAACAGUUCUUGAUAUUCAUGGUCGUCAAAAGCAACAGAAAAGAACGUCUACAUUCUUUGAGUUUUGUCAAGCUGAUCAUGGUAUCUUACUAUGUACUGAUGUCGCUGCACGCGGUCUUGAUAUUCCAGAAGUGGAUUGGAUCAUCCAAUAUGACCCUCCUGAUGAUCCAAAAGAAUAUAUACAUCGUGUUGGGCGUACUGCUCGAGCUGGUGCUAGAGCGUGCCUAUUAUUUUUAUUGCCAGAGGAGUUAUCAUUUUUGCGAUACCUCAAACAUGCAAAGGUACCUCUUAAUGAGUACGAGUUUGAUACAGCUAAACUGAGUAAUGUUCAAUCCCAGUUGGAACGUCUCAUUGAAAAGAAUUAUUAUCUACACAAAUCAGCUCGAGAUGGUUAUCGUUCGUAUUUACAAUCAUAUGCAUCUCAUUCUUUAAAGACUGUGUUUAAUGUUGAACAAUUGGAUUUACAGAAAGUAGCUAAAGGGUUUGGUUUCUCUGUCCCUCCAAGUGUCUCCCUCAUUAGGUUUGACAAUAUUUACAUCACCGUACCUGCAUUGGUGUUCGACCGACAGGUACUGCAUUAUUUGCUGAAUGUGGAAACAAAGGAGGUGGAGAGAUUCUGGAGGAAUCACUACCACGUCUUGAGUUACGAGAAGUAUGUCUUGGUGGGUGUGGUUGAUAGUGAGGAUUGUGAUGGUGCCAGUGGGGAUGAUGUAGUACAGCAGGAUUGA